GUCACUGGGAUCGCUGUGAGCUCCAGGCCUGCGGGACGGGAUCUCUCUGGUUCGAGGGCGGAAGUGCGCGCAGGGCUGGGCUCUGACCCUGGUGGUGGCGCUCUGUGCGGCUGCGCGGGCUCUGGCACUUGUGCUCCUUCGCCUCUGCAGAACAGUGUGAGUCAGGCAGGCAGAGCUCGACAGAGCGUCUUCCCCACUGUGGGCAGCCGGAACAGAGCUGGCACUUCGGUGCUGGGUAUUGAACCCAGGGCCUCAUCCAUGCUGGACAAGCACUCUGCUACUGUGCUCUACCCCAUAUUUGCUGUUUGGAAUGCUGACCUUCAAGCCAGGAUCUUGAAUUUUUCAUUGAGGUCUUUUACUUCUUCGGGGUUAGUGCGAGCUUAUGGAGAAGUAUUUCACUGGGACAGAGGACUGUUAGUCCACGUUACAGAUUUGGCUUUGGUUGAAGAAAGAACUUAGCAUAUAUGUACUUCUUUACCCACUGGAAGAAUGACAGAUGACAAAGAUGUGCUUCGAGAUGUGUGGUUUGGACGAAUUCCAACUUGCUUUACACUGUAUCAGGAUGAAAUAACUGAGAGGGAGGCAGAGCCAUACUAUUUGCUUUUGCCAAGAGUCAGUUAUCUGACGUUGGUAACUGAUAAAGUGAAAAAGCACUUUCAGAAGGCUAUGAGACAAGAAGACGUCAGUGAAAUAUGGUUUGAAUAUGAAGGCACACCCCUGAAAUGGCAUUAUCCAAUUGGUUUACUAUUUGAUCUUCUUGCAUCAAGUUCAGCUCUUCCUUGGAACAUCACAGUACAUUUCAAGAGUUUUCCAGAAAAGGACCUUCUACACUGUCCAUCCAAGGAUACAGUCGAAGCUCAUUUUAUGUCAUGUAUGAAAGAAGCUGAUGCUUUAAAGCAUAAAAGUCAAGUCAUCAAUGAAAUGCAGAAAAAAGACCACAAGCAGCUCUGGAUGGGACUGCAGAAUGACAGAUUUGACCAGUUUUGGGCCAUCAACCGGAAACUCAUGGAAUAUCCUCCAGAAGAAAAUGGAUUUCGUUAUAUCCCUUUUAGAAUAUAUCAGACUACAACUGAACGGCCUUUCAUUCAGAAGCUCUUCCGUCCUGUGGCCGCAGAUGGACAGCUACAUACACUCGGAGAUCUCCUUAAAGAAGUCUGUCCUUCUGCAGUCACCCCCGAAGAUGGAGAAAAAAAGAACCAAGUGAUGAUUCACGGAAUUGAGCCAAUGCUGGAAACCCCUCUGCAGUGGCUGAGUGAGCAUCUGAGCUACCCAGAUAAUUUUCUUCAUAUUAGCAUUGUCCCCCAACCAACAGAUUGAAGGAGCAGCUCCUCGCUGGAUGGAAUCACCUUGAGUCAGCAUGUCACCCUCGCUUCAGUCAGGUUCGGUGGAGGCAACAGAAACACGUGGCUGCUUGCAAGCCUAGGAGGAAGAAGAGUCCAUGAGAGAGGGCAUCGGGCAGGGCUGACUGGGUACCACCCUGCUUUGCUCCACUGCCGGCACUAAACCUCAGCUGAGACAUGGCAGGGCCGCUAGAGCCUCUGUCUUCUCGUGAAAUGCAAUGCAGCUGCAGCCUUUGCUCUAAGAAAAAAAGGAAACCUGUGCCACAGUUUGUAUGUCUGAUUAACCAAUAAGCGGGGUAUUUCCUAAGGUGACCAUGGUUGAACGUUAGUCAAGAAAGCGGAAACAUUGAGUGAAUUUUCAAGAGAAUUAGACUUAAGAAAGAAAAAGAGAAAUUCUGUGAUAAUAACUUGCAGUAAUCUUUUUGUAAAAGAUCAAAUUACAGUAAACCCAUCUUUCCUUAAUGAGAAUUUCCUGUUUACAGUCAGUCUAUUGGUAUGCAAACAAUCUUGUAACUUUGAUAAUGAACAGUGAGAGAUUUUUAAAUAAAGCCUCUAACUAUGUUUUGUCAUUUAAUAACAUGAAGUUUGUCACUUUUCAAGGACACCCUGAUCCCAUACAGUAAGUCCCUUUUUAUUCUGUGUCCCCUUUCUCACUGGCAUGGCAAGGGUGCAGGACACAGGGUUACUUGUCUCAGGAGUUGUCGCAGGAUUUAUUACUGUGACUUGAAGAUCUGUCUUCUCGACACUAAGGUAUAAAUGAUGUUAACUGUCUUUGCUGUCUGUCGGUCACUGUAAACCUGUCAAAUCAUAUUAUGCCAAGUACCUAAGGUCAUUUUGCAUAUUUUGAAACUGCCAUCCCUUUCCUUUGGUUUUUGUUUGGUUGGUUUGGUUUGGGUUUUUGGCCCCAGGACUACUGUGUCACUCUGGUUCCCUGGCAGCCAGUCUUUAAAUCCUGAAGAUGAACUGUCUCUAGACUGCAGUAGCUUUUCCUUAUCAUUACCAAAAACAUCCAGAGGCUGCUGGAUGGAGCUCCUCCCACUCUAAGGGAAGCUUGCUGCACUCUACGACUGACCGGCUGUUUGGAGAUCCUACAGUUGAUUUGUGAGCUAGCUUGCUGUCCACAUUGAAUGUCAACUCAUCUGAGUAUGCAAAAAGACAGUAUCAUAAAAUCAUGGUUUUAGAUUCUAUAAUAAAAAUGAAUGCUUUCUUAUAAAAUUA